AUGAGUUUGUCAUUUUCUUCAUUUGGAAAAAUUCUUGAAAAAACCAAACCAAUCGCAGUUGAUGAAGUUAUAAAUCUCAAUGGACACAUUCUACCCACUAUUUAAAAGGAUAAGAACAAGCUCUAAAUGUUUUCUCUGUUAAGAAAAUUUGAAGGGAGACAGGUAAACGAAUCGUUUCCAUUUAAUUCUGUCUCUAGGAGAGCUAAACCAGCUCUGUGUUGUUUAAUGCCUGAGAAAUCAUACGAAGCAAAAUACACACCAAAAUUUGAUGUAGUUUAGUGUAAGUCUCCUUCUUUUGAUUUUGGAUAAAGAUCUAAAAGUUAAAUCAGAACAAGGUCUAUCUCAAUUUGUAGUCAAGAUUACUAUAUCGAUUAAUACACAUCGUUUAGAACAAUAUCAAAAUCAUCAAAAGGGUAAGCUGAAAAGAAAAGCACAAGCUCUCAAACAAGAGAAGAAUGUCCCAAAUUUUAGCAUUACUUAAAAGUAUAACUUACAAAGAAUAAGAGAAGCAAAACUAAUAAUUGCUCUCCUGAUUUCAACAAAUAUACAGAUCGGAAGUGUAAUUAGAGAGAGUUUUUACAAUAAUAUGAUUUACUAGGAGUAAAUUAUGCAAGAAUAAAUAAAAGACUUGAUGUGGGGUAUGUUGAGUUUGGUAAAUUUACUGACAAAGUAGUCAUGAAGUAAGACAGAGCCGAAACACCUCCAUCAGUUCGUUUGGAUUACGACUUUGAUAAGCCAAAAUAAGUCAGAAACAUUUAUUUAAGCAACAAUAAACCAACGCAACCAAAACUAAAGCCUAAGUUACUACUACCAUUAAUUAAUGAUUCUAGGUAAAGAUAUGUAAAAAGAAUGCAAGAGUUAAUUUCCUGGUCGAAUUAAUGA